ACAAAAUGCUUACAUUAGUUUUUUUUUUAUUUAUGCACAGACAGACUGACAGAGGUCCAUAGACACAAGUGCUUAUCAUAUGUGCUUGUCUACUAUAAUUACAAGUAUUAUUUUAGUAAUAAAUGUGGAGAGUUUAUUGAUUUAGUUUCUUUCUUCUGGAUUUGCUCUCUUUACAGGUGAGUGGAGUUAGUGGGAAGAGUUUUUUUUUUUUUCAUUUCUUCAUAAAAAGGAAGAGGGUUGUCAGUUUGUACAUCUUGGAACAAGGGGUGUACCUCUGCAUUUCAAGAAAGUGGUAAAGAUUGAAUCUUGGGGAGAUGGGAGGUUGUACUUCUUGAAGAAAGCGUAGUACCUUCUCAUUCUUUGUGAUUUUGGGUGUUUGUUGAGAAAGGGAAGCUUUUUUUUGCAAUGCAAAUGGAGGGAAGGUGGGGGGUUGGGUUUUGGGGUGUAAUGGUGUGUUUGGGUGUGUUUGUGGGGUGCAGUUUUGCUCAGGGUGAUGAAGGUAAUGUGACUGCUGUGUAUAUUGUCACUCUCAAACAAGCCCCAGCUUCUCAUUACUAUGAUGAGCUUAGAGUUGUGAAAGGGCAUCAUGUUAGAGGCAAUGGGUCUGAGGGAAUGAGUAGAUUUGAUAAAGCAAGGAAUACAGCAAAGACGAAUAGACGCCACAAGCCGUACAUAGACCGCGUGCACGAUUCUCUGUUAAAACGGGCCUUAAAGGGCGAAACGUAUCUCAAGCUCUACAGCUACCGUUACUUGAUCAACGGAUUUGCUGUGCUAGUCACUGAACAGCAGGCUUACAAGCUGUCAAUCAGGAGGGAGGUGUCGAAUGUGGUAUUGGAUUUCUCGGUCAGGACUGCGACUACUCAUACACCCCAGUUUUUAGGUCUUCCCGAUGGAGCGUGGGCGCAAGAAGGUGGAUUUGAUACAGCGGGAGAAGGGAUCGUUAUUGGAUUCAUCGACACUGGGAUUGAUCCCACACACCCUAGCUUCUCUGAUGACACGCCCGAGAAGCCAUACCCUGUCCCACAGCAUUUCUCCGGGAUCUGUGAGGUCACACGCGACUUCCCAUCUGGAUCCUGCAACAGAAAGCUCGUUGGGGCUCGACAUUUUGCUGCCUCCGCGAUCACUAGAGGGAUUUUCAACGCCACACAGGACUAUGCUUCACCAUUCGAUGGCGAUGGCCAUGGGACGCACACAGCUGCUAUUGCAGCAGGAAACCAUGGAAUUCCAGUUGUAGUAGCUGGACAUACCUUUGGAAAUGCCAGUGGAAUGGCUCCUCGUUCGCAUGUUGCCGUUUAUAAGGCCUUGUACAAAAGCUUCGGGGGCUUCGCUGCUGAUGUGGUUGCUGCCAUAGAUCAAGCUGCACAGGACGGAGUGGACAUAAUAAGCUUGUCGAUAACUCCAAACAGGCGGCCUCCCGGCAUUGCCACUUUCUUUAAUCCCAUCGACAUGGCUUUGCUGUCGGCUGUCAAGGCCGGGAUUUUCGUCGUGCAGGCAGCAGGAAACACGGGGCCGUCUCCCAAGAGCAUCUCCUCCUUUAGCCCUUGGAUCUUCAGCGUUGGCGCUGCAACUCAUGACCGGAGCUAUAGUAACUCUAUAGUCCUCGGCAACAACAUCACAAUCCCGGGAGUUGGACUUGCUCCUGGAACGGAAGGAGACACAAUGUACACGUUGGUUUCGGCCAUCCACGCCUUGAACACGACAACAGCAACCGCGAACGACUUGUAUGUUAGCGAAUGCCAAGAUGCCGGGAACUUCAACCAGAGUGUUGUUGAAGGGAAUCUUCUGAUCUGCAGCUACUCCAUCCGGUUCGUUCUCGGCCUCUCCACCAUCAAACAAGCUCUAGAAACCGCGGAUAGCCUCAAUGCAGCUGGCGUCGUGUUCUACAUGGAUCCAUACGUCAUCGGCUUCCAGCUCAACCCGAUCCCAAUGAAGAUCCCCGGCAUUAUAAUCCCAUCACCCGACGAUUCAAAAAUCUUGCUACAUUAUUACAAUUCUUCGUUGGAGAGAGAUGAUAGUUUGAAGAAAAUUGUUAAGUUUGGAGGACUAGCAAGUGUUUCUGGUGGAAAUAAAGCAAAUUUCAGCCACAAUGCUCCUAAGGUUAUGUAUUAUUCGGCUAGAGGGCCGGAUCCGGAAGACAAUUUUCUUGAUGACGCCGACGUGCUAAAACCAAACGUCGUUGCUCCCGGGAACUUCAUAUGGUCCGCUUGGAGCUCGGGUGGCAUGGACUCGGUCGAGUUUCUAGGUGAAAGCUUUGCAAUGAUGUCUGGAACAAGCAUGGCAGCUCCUCACAUUGCUGGACUUGCAGCCUUGAUCAAGCAAAGGUUCCCCACUUUCUCGCCGUCCGCGAUCGGAUCCGCCCUCUCGACAACGGCUUCCCUCAACGACAACAACGGCGGGCCGAUCAUGGCGCAGCGCGCCUACACCAACCCCGACGUGAACCAGUCCCCGGCCACUCCCUUCGACAUGGGGAGCGGAUUCGUCAAUGCCACCAGAGCGUUGGAUCCCGGCCUCAUUCUCGACUCCGGCUACAGCGAUUACGUGUCGUUCCUGUGCGGCAUCAACGGCUCGUCCCCGGUGGUCCUGAACUACACGGGAGCGAGCUGCGGGGUUCCGACCCUGAAUGCCACCGACCUCAACCUGCCCUCGAUCACUGUCUCGAAGCUGUACCAGUCCAUCACUGUGCAGCGGGUCGUGACCAAUGUGGCCGGCAACGAGACGUACAGCGUCGGGUGGAGCGCGCCUUACGGGGCCUCGGUGAAGGUGACGCCGACGCACUUCUCGAUCGGCGGAGGAGAGAAGCAGGUGUUGAGUGUGUUGAUUAAUGCUACCAUGAACAGCUCAGUGGCUAGCUUUGGGAGGAUAGGGUUGUUUGGGAAUCAAGGCCAUGUGGUUAAUAUUCCUCUUUCUGUUAUUCUCAAGAUUUCAUACAAUAAUACUGCUGGCUGAUUUUUUUUUCCACUAUGGGUAAUGAUAUUCCAUGUAAUUUUCAAAACAUUUUGAUUUUUUGAUUGGUUACUAUGUAAAUUCUUUGAGGUGCAUAAAUAGUUGAAUGUUGUUCGUUUGGGUA